GUUGUAAAAGAGUAGUAAUUCCAAACCGUAAACCUUACUGGAAACUUCCCUGCUCCCUCACUUCCUCUAAUAUCCCUUUUUGCCUUAACCUUCGUUAUUUCAUUCAUCCAUUCACCACCUUCACUACCACUCCUGUAAACCCUUCCCUCCAAGCCAUACCAUCCCAGUAUAAAAAAAAAAAAACCUGAAACCGCAUGGACGCGUACCAACAGUCUCAGAUGUACAUGAAUAUGAGGCCGCCACAGCCACCACUUCCGCCAUCCACGUCGGAUCCCCACCACCACCACCACCACCACCAACAAUUCCAGCCGCAAAGGCCACAAGCCCCGUGGUUCCCCAACCAAUUCCAGUACCACCACCCUUCCCAGUCCCCGUCGCCUCCGCCACAGUGGCCACCACCUCCUCCUCCUCCUCCUCCUCACUCCGACCACCUCCCUCCUCCUCCUUCUUAUCCUCCACCUCCACCUAACCCUUAUCCUACGCACCCCCCCGUCCACCACAGCCAGUUCCCUCCUCCUCCUCCUCCUCCUCGUCCACAGCUCCCUCCUCCUCCUCCUCCUCUGCCACCUCAUUCCCAGGUCCCUCAGUCUUAUCCUCAGGCCAAUCAGGAAUGGGGCACUUCAAAUUGGGGUCAACAACAAACUUAUAAUUAUCCUGUCCUUAGCAAUGAAGAAGAUUGGGCUGCUAGGGCUAGAGCAUGGGCAGAUGCUAAAACUGCAAUGGACAAUCAGCAUUCACAGUCUCAAUUUACACCAGCUGGCAGGAUAGAAGACCAAAGUCAUUAUUAUGAUCAGUACCCACAAUCUGUUGAUUCUCAUUAUUCGGAUAUUCAAAAUCAAGCUCAUCCUGCAUCAAGCUAUCAACAGUUUCCAGUAUCAGAUGCACAUCUGCCUUACAGUGUUAGAGACGGGACUUUGGCUGGAGAUUCAAGUGCUAUGUUUCACCAACAAGGAAAUAUGCCCGCAAGUUCAUCUGUUCAUCAGCAGGAGGUACCUUCUAGUUAUUCUUCUAUUACAGGUAAAGAAGAUACUGCAGAUCAAAAUCAGCAGUCAUACAAACUGUUGCCUCCUCCAAAUUCCUCAGCUCAGGAGGGACAGCACCAUGUGCAUCCACUGCCUGCACCCUUCAUGUAUGGCAAUCAGUCAGCUGAUUCCACAGUUAAUCCUGCUGAUCAGCCUUUGGAUUUUGUGCCUAGGUUUAACCAUGAUUAUGAUUCACACAUGCAAUCCAGUUAUGCUCAUCAUGAUUCAGUUGGACCUGUAAGAGGUGUUGACCCUGUUGCAGCAGGGCAAUUAAAUAAUUGGACUCCCCCUGUUACACCUGGUUUGGUUUAUCCUUCAAUUUCUCCAGAUAUUGCAUCAGGGGCACAGCAUGAUCCUUCCAUAGCCAUGCAUUCCUCCAUUCCUGCACAUGCUGCACCACCAUUUGGAAGAUUCCCUGGACCAGGUCAGCCUACAAUUCCAUCUGGUGGUGCACCCUUUGCCCUAAGUGCUGGAACUGCACUUCAUCCUACAACAGCCUUCUCUGCUGAUGCAUAUGGAAUUUCAACUAUUCCUGAACGCCCUAAAAAGCCGUCAGUGCCUAAUUGGAUUAAAGAAGAAAUAAAGAAAGCAGUCAUUACAACUUCUGUAGACCAUCUUAAGGAGGAAACACAAUCCAAUGAGGAUGAAGGCAUUGAUAAAUCUUUUGGGAAGGCUGAUCAGGCAGAUAGUAAAAGCGUUGAUUCUUCUAGGUCAACUGAAGAAGAUGAUGAUGAUGAGGAUUACGUGGAAGCAGCAAGAACUGCAGCAAUUAACCAGGAAAUAAAACGUGUUCUAACUGAAGUUCUUUUAAAGGUUACUGAUGAGCUGUUUGAGGAAAUUGCAACUAAAGUUCUUAGUGAAGAUGAUCUAACAGCUGAUGUUGACCAGAACACUGUCACUUCCAAUCAUAAGGUAUCGCCAUCAUCUCACCCAGCAGUCGCAGUUCCUAAGCCAUCUGCAAAAGUUCUAAUUCCCACCCUAGCAAAGGAUUCUGACACUAGAAGUGUCAGUGAAAAAUCUAGUACCAGUUCCCCAGGAAAUAUUUUAGGUCUUGCAAAUUAUGCUUCUGAUGAUGAUGAUGGAGAUGAUGAAAUCAAGAGCUCCAGUGUACCAAAUUCUAAUCCUGUUCUUCAGCAGUCAAGCAUUGAAAAGCUUUCAGAAGAUGCACAUGGUGCCGCUGAGAAUGGAAUUUCUAAGGUAGAACUGAAAGAGGACAAUAGAAGUCAGAAAACAAAGGAGAGCAACAAUGGUGAUACUGUUAAUGAGAUGAAUAAUAAUAGGGUGGAUAGAGAUAUGGGACACUCAUAUUCUUCCAAAGUGGUUUCUGAAGAUACUGAUGACGGAAUUAAUGUUAGUGGAAAAAUGCUAGAUGGAACCAAUUCCUCUAGAUCGAAGAACACUGCAGGAGUAAUGGAAUCUGAACAUCCUGAAGAGUAUGUCAAUGUCAAGAGAGCAUCAACAGAUGAUCCCCACCACAGUGAAAUGAGAAGGAAGUUAGAUAAAAGUGAUCGACAUGAGAGUAAAAAGAGUUCUGGGAAAGAUGGUGGUAAGAUAAGGUCAGAUGAGAAUGGAGAUGAACGCAGGAGACAAGAUGAAAGGCAUUCAAGAAGGGAAAAAGAAGAUGAUGGGUCAAAGGAGAGAAAGAAAGAUCAAAGUUCUAAGCCUAGGGAAAAAACAAAGGAUUCUGAGUCAAGAAAAAGGUCUGACCGUCUUGAGGUCAAGGAUGACAGAAAAGAAACAGAGAGGCUUCAUAGAGCUAGUGCUAAAGAAGAUACCAAAAGAAAACAAGAACGCAGAAAGGAUGAGGAGGAAGAUAGAUCAAGACAUAAAAAUGCAAGCGAUUCAAGCAGGCACAAAAGAAGGCGUUCUUCUUCCAUCAGCAGUAAGGGUAGAAACAGUAAAGACAACUCAGUUAGUCAUGCCAAUGAUUCAAGUGAUGACACCUCAGACAAUUCUAAAAGGAAGCAGCAAUCGAGAAAACGUCACUCAUCACCAUCACCUGUCAGGUCUAGGAGAAGACAAGUUUCGCGGUCCCCACAUAGCAAGCAUUCUCAGCGCAGGCAUUCUCCCUACUCUUCUCUUGAUACCACCAGGUAUGUUGUCUCUGUAUUCCAAGUUGGACUAUGCUCAGUUUGGCUAUCUGGGUUUGUGUUGAUUGCUCUCUCCCUCUAUGUUACUCAGAGGUUACCUUCUCUCAAUGAUCGGAUCAAAGUGUCAAAACUCAAUCUUGGUGAUCUGGGAAAACCCAGAAUUACCAUUUUCUCAGCUCCUAGCCCAUUUAAUGGCUCUGUUGGGGCUAGGCAGAGUCUAGCUAUUCGGUCAUGGCUUGCUCUGUCCCCACAAAUUUCUGUUGUUCUCUUCAGCCAACAUCCUUCUGUUGUUUCCUUCGCUGGUGAUUUCGGUUCACGGGUUUUGGUUGAACCCAACAUUGAUUUCACGUUUCUUGGUACUCCAUUCUUCCAUUCCAUGAUAGCAAGAUCGCGGUCAUUCACAUCAGAUAUUUUUGUUCUCAUCGAUCCUGAGACCAUUCUUCUCAAUGACUUCAUUUCCACUCUUAACUAUGCUUAUGAACUUGACCGUGAUUGGCUCCUUGUUGCUUCUUCACGAAAUAUUUCCCACUUCCCAUUCUACUUGGAUGAGGCUGGGAAACGUUGGCGAAGAGGGGAUGGCAAGUGGAUGAGAACCCAGGAGUUGCAGGAGAUACUAUGUCAAAGUUGGCAGUGGAAUCAUUGUAAAGGGAGAAUGCUUAUGGCAUGGAACAGCGGGGAUUUGCCCUUACAUACUGGCGUUCUUCCUCCUUUCUUGUAUGGGAAAGGGAUUCACAACAAUUGGCUUAUUAAUGAGGCCAUGUCAUCUGAUUUCAGGUUUGUGUUUGACUCCAGUUGGACCAUCUCAAGUUUCUACCUAUAUGAUCCAGAGCCUUGGUCCAGUGGAGUAGUCGGAAAUUCCAAAGUUUCAGGUAUUGAGAUGAGAAGCUGGGAGUAUGUUGGAAAUUCCUAUAUUGGGGCACUGUAUGGAUCCUUGUUGUAUCAUGAAGCUAAUUAUUCUAGCCUUGUAAAACUAUUGAAGUGUGACAGAAAAUAUAUUUUCUUCAACCCAACGGAAAACUUUGUUUAUCCAUAUGGAUACCGGAGUUCAUUCAGAUUAUGGAAGGAAAGGAUCUUGCAUCCCUGGAGGAAAAGGAGGAUCAUGGCUUGUAUUGAUGGUAUUAAUUCACUGGAAAAAAUACCGGAUUGCUCUCUGAAGGAUCAUAUGAAGCUCUCAACACCAUUAGAAUUUUCAUUCUCCUUGGAGUCUCUCCUUCCUUUUAUUGCAGACAAGAACAAGACAAUUGUUCUUGCAGUUGCUGGAUAUAGUUACAAGGACAUGUUAAUGAGUUGGGUGUGCAGGUUACGCCGCCUCCUGAUUACAAAUUUUAUGAUUUGUGCUCUUGACCAGGAAACCUAUCAGUUCUCUGUCUUGCAGGGCCUGCCAGUUUUCAAGGAUCCAUUAGCUCCAAGUAACAUCAGCUUCAAUGAUUGCCACUUUGGAACAAAAUGCUUUCAAAGGGUGACCAAAGUGAAGUCCAGAAUGGUUUUGACGAUACUGAAGCUUGGUUACAAUGUACUGCUUAGUGAUGUGGAUGUAUAUUGGUUUGAAAAUCCAUUGCCAAUGCUUUACACUUUUGGCCCUGCUUUUCUUGUGGCACAGUCAGAUGAAUACAAAACAACAGGACCAAUAAACUUACCUAGGCGCUUAAACUCUGGUUUCUACUUUGCUCGUUGUGAUGAUUCAACAAUUGUUGCUAUGGAGAGGGUGGUGAAGCAUGCAGCAACUUCUGGCCUCUCUGAGCAGCCAAGCUUCUAUGACACGUUAUGCGGGGAAGGUGGAUCCUAUCGUGUGGGUGACAAUAGAUGUGUGGAACCUGAAACAAAUCUGACUGUUUAUUUUUUGGACAGAGACCUCUUCCCCAAUGGUGCUUACCUAGAUCUGUGGAGGAAGAAAAAUGUUCAAGCUGCCUGUGUGAAGAAGGGUUGUCUUGUUCUCCACAACAAUUGGAUUAGGGGGAGACUGAAGAAGCUGGAACGCCAGGUAUUGUCAGGCUUAUGGGAUUAUGAGUCUAGUACAAGGAUGUGCUUGCAAAGUUGGCACAAUUUCAAAUUGACAAGCUAAUGGGGCCUAGGUGAUGCUUUAUCAUCCUUUAUACAAGGCUCACUUUUGGUUUUCACUUCCAAGAAGAGACAAAAAUUACUCCAAGAAGAGAUACAGAUGAAGCCAUUCCUUCUUCCAUGUUUUUGACUUUGCUGAGCCUUGGUUUCAUCACUGCUGCGUAUUUGGAAAUUAUUAAUUAUAAGAGCCGGCCAUGAAAAAUAAAAUAGAAUAUACAUUUGUCAAUGCUCAUUGGUGCUAGUAUACCUCUGGUAUUCCCUGCCAGUGGAAUAUAAUGAAACAUUUGGAUAUAUGACAUUUGAUUGCUGGCUAUGAUGAAGGGGUGUAUUCAGUUGCUGGGGAUGGGUUACAAUAGAGAAACUAGAAGGAAGAAAUACUUGGAAGGAGCUUCCAAGGACACAGAAUUUAGAAGAAUAUCGGGAGUUUCCAUAUCAUUGGACAUUAGCCUACAAUCAAAGAAUAUUUUUGUGAGGAUAGUUCAUGCAGGUGGGCGAGAGGAAGGGUAUCAAGAUGCGGUUCCUGCAUCUCGAUUGAUGGAAAAAUAUCCUGGGAUGUUUGUUGCCAGGACAGAAGUUUUCACAAAUCCACAUAAGUCCCACUUACACCCAGAAGAGAAUCUCUUGCCUGGUCAGAAAUAUUAUAUAAUCCCAUCCAGGACUGUACAGAAACUGAAGCAUAGAUACCCAGAGAAGGCCCAAGUCAAAGAAAUUUCCAAAGAAGAAGAGUGGGAUUCAAAGAUCAUCAUUGAUGCAGGUGAAGUAAG